UAAUUCAAUAUUUAUUAAAAUACGUAGUUAUUCCGUUGGAACAAACGCGAGCUAGAAUAGUUCUCAAUCGCUUUGCACGAGAUAAGAAAUAGUAAGAAUGAGAGGAAAAUCAAAGCCAGAAUGGUGAUGUAACCAAGGAAAAGAAAGAAAGAGAGAUUCGUCGACCGUCGUAUAAGCUAAAGUGCGAUUGUCGUAAAGAAUCCACGCUCCGUGUCAGAAUGACAAAAACUCUGGACCAGCCCACGUUGGGCCCAUCUGAUCGUACGGAGAAACUGACCAAAUGGAUCCACCAGGUAAGUCACAAGGUGGAGAUGUGCUCGAGCAAACCUAAGCGCGACCUCAGGGUGCAGGCUAUGCUUAAUCACACCUUGCAUAAAGCCAAGGACGAGCUGAAGUCUAAGCAGAUGUUGCGAAUGGCUCGAUGGCAACAGGUGAAGAAGGAACUCCUCAAGGACGUGUAUUAUGGCAGUUGCGCGACGUACCACGCGAUCGAGGUCGAACGACAGGCACAAGAGAUCUUGAAAGAACAGGAGGAGAUGCAUCGCCGUUGGUAUCAAGAGUUUGGCUUGGACGAGUUGGACAACUUCCUGCGUCAGAUAAGUGAAGUGAAGACUCAGGUGAAUCGCAACACGUACAAAACCACACACACAGAAUCGUCAGACUUAGACAAUAGAUCCAUAUAAGUCUUGGAAUCCUCAUCGUCAACGAAUGCAUUUAUAAGUCGUCUUCUACAAGUCUACUGUGAUAUUUUACAACCAAACGACAACUUGGGUGUGUGGACUAUUCAAUAAGGAAGAAAAUGCACUGAUACUUUAGAUAAAAUAGUCCCCACCUUAAGUAGUGAAACAACUACCUGUGUGGAAACAACUACCUCAUAGCAGACAUAAAAAGACUGAAACGAUCUCAAGUGGGAAAACAGGAUGAUCUCAUCGCUUCUCUUCAUGAAUCAUCAAGCGUUAUCUACGGAAUCAACGGCUCGAAACUUUUCGUGCAGCAAUUGGACAACCUAGGGACAACUUUCGAGGUCCCGUCGUUACCGCGAUAUAUAUCUGGAUUUUUUUAC